CCCCACUACACAGGACAGCUGCAGUUUCCUGCUGGGGAUGCCGACCCAGCCCCGGACUUCCCCCAGCCACAGACAGCUGUGACCCGCAGCCUCAGAUGACCCAGAUUCCGCGGAGUUGGUCAAUGGGAAGCCAGGUUCCUCUGCCACCUUCCAGCCAGGUGACUGCUCCCAAAGCCUGCCCACCACGUAGCGCCCCCAGCUCGGGUUCUCCACCUCAACAGCAUCUGCCGCCUCCCUGAAACUACAAUUCCCAGCAGGCGCGGAAGGACAACCCCAGCUCCCAGCGCGUUCUUAGCCUCGCCUGCCCCUGGCAUUAACACUUUAGUUCCUGCAGCCCGGCCGCGAGCUGGAUUGUGCGCAGGUGGUGCUGAGCCGGUGUAGGGCGAGGUAAAGGCGUCAGUGAAGACCACCCCUCUCGUCGCCCCGACACUCAUCUUCGCCUCCAAUCCCGAAACGUCAGGGAGCAGAGGAAAGUGGAAGAAGAAGGACCCUGCCACACUUCCCACAGAAUGCCGGAGGGCCCUGAGCUGCACCUGGCCAGCCACUUUGUGAAUGAGGCAUGCAGAGGGCUGGUGUUCGGAGGGUGUGUGGAGAAGUCUCCCAUCAGCCGCAACCCCGAAGUCCCCUUUGAGAGCACUGCCUACUGUAUCUCAGCUUCAGCACGUGGCAAGGAGCUGCGCCUGACACUGAGUCCUCUGCCUGGGGCGCAGCCCCCACGGGAGCCAGUGGCCCUCGUCUUCCGCUUUGGCAUGACUGGCUCCUUUCAGUUGGCACCUGGAGAUGCGCUGCCACCCCAUGCCCAUCUGCGCUUUUACACGGCUCCACCUGGUCCCCGGCUUGCCCUGUGUUUUGUAGACAUCCGCCGCUUUGGCCACUGGGACCUGGGGGGCGAGUGGCAGCCGGGCCGGGGACCCUGUGUCUUGCAGGAAUAUGAGCAGUUCAGAGAAAAUGUGCUACGAAACCUAGCGGACAAGGCCUUUGACCGGCCCAUCUGCGAGGCCCUCCUGGACCAGAGGUUCUUCAAUGGCAUUGGCAACUAUCUGCGGGCAGAGAUCCUGUUCCGGCUGAGGAUUCCCCCCUUUGAGAAGGCCCGUACAGUUCUGGAGGCCCUGCAGCAGCGCAGACCGAGCCCAGAGCUGACCCUAAGCCAGAAGAUCAGGGACAAGCUGCAGAACCCGGACCUGCUGGAGCUGUGCCACUCAGUGCCCAAGGAAGUGGUCCAGCUGGGGGGCAAAGGCUAUGGGACAGAGAUUGGGGAGGAAGACUUUGCUGCCUUUAGAGCCUGGCUGCAGUGCUAUGGUGUGCCGGGCAUGAGCUCCUUGCGGGAUAGGCAUGGCCGCACCAUCUGGUUCCAGGGGGAUCCUGGACCCCUGGCACCCAAAGGGUGCAAGUCCCGCCAAAAGAAAUCCAAGGCAAAACAGCUGAGUCCUGAGGACAGAGUGGAGGACCCUCCACCUCUAAGCAGGACCUCUUCCAGGAUACAAAAGGCACAGAGAAACCUUGCUGAGAAGACUGCAACCCAGCAGCCUGAAGGGGCCAGCAUCCAACAGGACCCAGAAGCUCUCAUAGUCCCUAACAAAGGGAGGAAGAAGAGGAGACAGGCUACUACUGGCCAUCGCAGAGUGCAGAAGAUUAAGGGUGAUAACCCAUCCUCAGAACCAGAGGGGACCUCAGCCUCUUAGCCGGAGGGUCUUCUUGCUUGCGUCUACCCUUUCCUGAUAUCUUGCUGUAAACUGGGGGCCUGUCUGAAUACCUAGAGGCAAGCAGUAUCUGAAAAGGGGGCUGUAUGCCUCAGGCCAAGUGACUGUUCCUUGCACAACUGUUUUUAGUGUGCCAUGGGAAAAUGCUGUAUUUUCCGUAAACUGAUAAAUUUGAA